GUCGACGAUAACAUGCUAAUUUUUCGAGACUCGGAGGUCACUAGAAAGAGACGGAAUUACAAGACCCAGCACUCCCUCUUUCCCGCCUUAUCAUUUCAAGUGCGUAAAGAAGCGACGCAGAAGCAUCAGAUCUCUGCCAAGCCACUCAUCCGAAACGCAACCGUCCUUUUCACAAACCUGAGCCUCCCGAGCAUUCGAAUAACGGUGAAGACGAGCCAUCGCGCAGGUGCCCACAGCUUACCCGGCGAAGUGAUCAAUCCCAUCCCGUGUUCCGUCAACUUGAUCACCUCCAGCGCACGCUCGUGUCUCCAUCGAGCCCAUUCCAACAGUCCGCUAUCAUCUUCCGGCGCGCCGAAAUGAGCGCUCAGAACGGCUCCCAGGCUGAUAGAGUCGCGCAGGCCGAGACUCAGACCCUGCCCACCGAUGGGACUGUGGAUGUGCGCCGCAUCACCGGUGAGGAGGACAACCCCUCCGCCUGGGAAGCGCUUGAAGUUGCGAUCGGAGAUGGCGGAGCGCGUCUUGUGGCGCGACGACCAGUGCACGGUCUCAAUCUUCGAGCCUUGCAGAGGCCCGGGAGCCAUUCGGUCGAACAUCUUCUGCAGGUACUCGACAUCGGGCGAGUGCGGCGGCGCGCCCAUCUGCUGUGGGAUCCCGCUGGUGAUGCGGUACACUGGUUUGGUAGCAUUGGGAUAAGUUGCGUGGGGAAUUUUGGCAAUGAUUAUUGUGCUAUUGUUCGCAAGGCGGAAUAUGGUAUGAGGUGUGGUCGACGGGAGUGGCGCGGAGAAGGAGACAUCGCCCAGCGCCAUCUGCGAUAGGUUGCCAAAGUCGCGUGGUCCAUCUCCGCAUGAAUCUAGCCCAUGCGCAGGAAGACACGCCGCCUACAACUGAUUGCGCCCCAUCGGCCCCGAUUACGUACUUUGCCUUGAUGACUUCCCCAGACUCGAAUGCGACCUUCAGCUUCCCGGAGUCGUCGCUACAUUCCUUGACGGAAACGACUCUCAGUGGGCGGAAGACGUGGAUCCCGAGCUGCGUCAACUUUUCGAGCAUUGCCCGUUCGGUGCUGGAUUGCGAGAUGAGCAGGCUGUACGGAAAUUUCGUCUUGUCGGCAAGCAACGAGAAGUCGGCUGUAAGCAGCAACGACGACCCUUCGUGUACCCACAGUUCCCUAACCUGUUCUCCCAAUGGAAGGAUGAUGUCCAUGCACUUGAUGGUGUCCAAAGCCUGUGUGCGUGUGUCGGUAGUGUACAAGAGCCAGAUAAACCACGCUGAACCUCCAGUGUCGCCGCAUGGAUCACCAACGAACGCGAGGCGUUCUCACCCUGCUCGAUGGCGUCUACGACCACCACAUCCUUGAUGCCUUGGUGGUACAAGGAGAGCGCUGCCGCCAUACCACACGGCCCCGCGCCAACGAUGAGAAUAGGUGUUUCAGCAGGCAAAGACAUUCGG